CAGCCCUGUCGUUGGUCAGUCGGCACACUUCUUCCUCGACACCACAGCAGCCCCCACGCCUCAUGGACGCCCUGUGUGGCUCCAAGUUCUGGGAUGCCAACCUAUCUGUGUACACAGACAACCCAGAUCUCACUCCCUGCUUCCAAAACUCGCUGCUGGCCUGGGUCCCCUGCUUCUACCUGUGGGCCGCUCUGCCCUGCUACCUGUUCUACCUGAGGCACCAGCACCAUGGCUACAUCGUCCUCUCCCACUUGUCCAGGAUCAAGACGGUCCUGGGCAUCCUGCUGUGGUGUGUCUCGUGGGCAGACCUCUUCUACUCCUUCCACAGCCUGGUCCAGGGUGGAGCCCCUGCCCCCAUCUUCUUUGUCACCCCCCUGGUGGUGGGGAUCACCAUGAUGCUGGCCACCCUGCUGAUCCAGUAUGAGCGACUGCGCGGGGUGCAGUCCUCCGGAGUCCUCAUCAUCUUCUGGUUCCUGUGCGUGGUCUGUGCCAUUGUCCCCUUCCGCUCUAAGAUCCUUUUGGCCCUGGUGGAGGGGACCAUCUCAGACCCCUUCCGCUUCACCACCUUCUACAUCUACUUCGCCCUGGUGCUGUCCUCCCUCAUCCUGGCCUGCUUCAGAGAGAAGUCGCCGCUUUUCUCCCCGAAGAGUGAGGACCCUAACCCCUGCCCAGAGGCCAAUGCCGGCUUCCUGUCACGCCUGUUUUUCUGGUGGUUCACAAGGCUGGCCAUCCUCGGCUACCGGGGUCUCCUGGAAGAGAAGGACCUCUGGUCCCUGAACGAAGAGGACCGUUCCCACCACGUGGUGCAGCGGCUACUGGAGGCAUGGCAGAAGCAGGAAAGACAGGCAGCAAGGCCCAAAGCUGCAGAAACUCCUGGGAAGAGCAUCUCCACAGAGGGUGAGGUGUUGCUGGGAGACCAGCCCCGGGCCCGGAAGCCCUCCUUCCUGUGGGCUCUGGUGACAACCUUCAGCUACAGCUUGCUCAUCUGCAACGGCUUCAAGCUGAUGGAGGACCUGCUCAACUUCGUCAACCCGCAACUGCUCAGCAUGCUGAUCCGGUUUAUUUCCAACCCCGAGGCCCCCUCCUGGUGGGGCUUUCUGCUGGCCGGGCUGAUGUUUGUUAGUGCCAUGAUGCAGACCCUGGUCUUGCACCAGUAUUACCACUGCCUCUUCGUGUCAGCCCUGAGGAUCCGCACGGGGGUCAUUGGCAUCAUCUACAGGAAGGCGCUGAUCAUUACCAACUCGGCCAAGCGCCAGUCCACUGUGGGAGAAAUGGUCAACCUCAUGUCAGUGGAUGCUCAGCGCUUCAUGGACGUCUUCCCCUCCCUCAGCCUGCUGUGGUCAACGCCACUGCAGGUCAUCCUGGCCAUGUACUUCCUCUGGCAGAUCCUGGGUCCCUCCAUCCUGGCUGGGGUGGCACUCAUGGUCUUGCUGAUCCCGAUCAACAGCACCGUGGCCAUGAAGAUGCGCGCUUACCAGGCUCAGCAGAUGAAGCUGAAGGACUCACGCAUCAAACUGAUGGCCGAGAUCUUGGGAGGCAUCAAGGUGCUGAAGCUGUACGCCUGGGAGCCCAGCUUCCUGGAGCAGGUGGAGGGCAUCCGGAAGGAUGAGCUCCGGCUGCUGCACAAGGGCACCUACCUCCACGCCAUCUCCACCUUCAUCUGGGUCUGCACCCCCUUCCUGGUGAGCCUGAUCACCCUUGGGGUGUUCGUGUGUGUGGACCAGAACAACGUGCUGGAUGCCGAGAAGGCCUUUGUGUCCGUGUCCUUGUUCAAUAUCUUAAAGAUACCCCUCAACAUGCUGCCCCAGUUAAUCAGUGGCCUUACCCAGGCCAGUGUGUCUCUAAAACGGAUUCAGCAUUUCCUGAACCAAGAAGAGCUUGACUCCCAGUGUGUGGAAAGAAAGAUUAUCUCCCCAGGCUACGCCAUGACCAUUCAUAGUGGCACCUUCACCUGGGCGCCGGACCUGCCCCCCACCCUGCACAGCCUCAAUAUCCAGAUCCGGAAAGGGGCCCUGGUGGCCGUGGUGGGGCCUGUGGGCUGCGGGAAGUCCUCACUGGUAUCUGCUCUACUGGGAGAGAUGGAAAAGCUGGAAGGCACGGUGUCCGUGAAGGGCUCUGUGGCCUACGUGCCCCAGCAGGCAUGGAUCCAGAACUGCACGCUUCAGGAAAAUGUGCUGUUUGGCCAAGCCAUGAACCCUAAGCGCUACCAGCAGGCUCUGGAGACCUGCGCCCUACUAGCUGACCUGGAGGUGCUGCCUGGUAGAGACCAGACGGAGAUCGGAGAGAAGGGCAUUAACCUAUCUGGAGGCCAGCGGCAGCGGGUCAGUUUGGCCCGAGCUGUUUACAGUGACGCCGACAUUUUUUUGCUGGAUGACCCACUGUCAGCUGUGGACUCGCAUGUGGCCAAACAUAUCUUUGACCAUGUGAUUGGGCCAGAGGGUGUGCUAGCGGGCAAGACUCGGGUGCUGGUGACGCACAGCAUCAACUUCCUGCCCCAGACCGACUUCAUCAUAGUGCUGGCCAAUGGGCAGGUGUCGGAAAUGGGCCCCUACUCGGCCCUGAUGCAGCAUGACGGCAGCUUUGCCAACUUCCUCCGGAACUACACUUUCAGUGAGGAGGAGGAGGAGGAGAAGCUGGAGAACCACAGGAUGGUCUUGGAAGACAGAGACGAAGAGGUGCUGCUGAUUGAGGACACGCUCAGCACCCACACAGACCUGACGGACACCGAGCCUGUAAGCCUGUCCGAGGUCCGGAAGCAGUUCAUGAGGCAGAUGAGCAGCAUGUCCUCAGAUGGGGAGGGCCAGGCUCAGCCUGUGCCUCGGAGACACCAGAGCAUAUCAGAGAAGGCCAUGCAGGUGACCAAAGCAAAGAAGACUGGGAUGCUCAUCGAGGAGGAGAAGGCGGAGACUGGCACUGUGAAACUGAGCGUGUUCUGCGACUAUGCCAAGGCUGUGGGCCUCUGUACCACGCUGGCUAUCUGUUUGCUGUAUGCUGGCCAAAGUGCAGCCGCCAUCGGGGCCAACGUGUGGCUCAGCGCUUGGACCAAUGAGGCCAUGACAGAAGGGAGGCAAAACAACACCUCCUUGAGGUUGGGAGUUUAUGCCGCCCUGGGCAUUCUGCAAGGGGUCCUGGUGAUGCUCUCGGCUUUCACAAUGGCCACGGGAGGCAUUCAGGCUGCAUACCUGAUGCACAACGCGCUGCUGCAAAACAAGAUGCGAUCCCCGCAAUCCUUCUACGACACAACACCCUCGGGCCGCAUCCUAAACCGCUUUUCCAAGGACAUCUAUGUCAUCGAUGAGGUUCUGACCCCCACUAUCCUCAUGCUGUUAUAUACCUUAUUCACUACAUUCUCCAUCGUGGUGAUCAUCGUGGCCAGCACACCGCUCUUCAUCUUGGUCAUCCUGCCUCUGGCGGUGUUCUAUGGUUUUGUACAGCGUUUCUAUGUGGCUACUUCCCGGCAGCUCAAGCGACUGGAGUCAGUCAGCCGCUCACCCAUCUACUCCCACUUUUCGGAGACAGUGACUGGCGCCAGCGUCAUCCGGGCCUAUCGCCGCACUGAGGAAUUCAGGGCCCUCAGUGACAAGAAGGUGGACAGCAACCAGAAAAGCUGCUACCCUUAUAUCGCCUCCAAUAGGUGGCUGGGUGUCAACGUGGAGUUUGUGGGGAACUGCGUGGUGCUCUUCGCUGCCCUGUUUGCGGUGAUUGGGAGGAACAGCUUGAAUCCAGGGCUCGUGGGCCUUUCUGUGUCCUAUGCCCUACAGAUGACAACAGCGCUGAACUGGACAAUACGAAUGAUGUCAGACUUGGAGUCUAAUAUUGUGGCUGUGGAGAGAGUCAAGGAGUAUUCAGUUACGGAGACCGAGGCCCCCUGGGUGGUGGAGGGCAGUCGUCCCCAGGAAGGCUGGCCCCUGAAAGGUGAGGUCGAGUUCCAGAACUACUCAGUGCGAUACCGACCUGGCCUAGAGCUGGUGCUGAAGAACCUGAAUCUUCGUGUGCACGGCGGUGAGAAGGUGGGCAUUGUGGGCCGUACCGGAGCUGGUAAAUCAUCCAUGACCCUCUGCCUGUUCCGGAUCCUUGAAGCAGCAGAGGGUAACAUCAUCAUCGAUGGCCUCAAUGUGGCAGACAUUGGCCUCCACGAUCUGCGUUCUAAGCUGACCAUCAUCCCCCAGGAACCCAUCCUGUUCUCAGGAACCCUACGCAUGAACCUGGACCCCUUCCACCAGUACUCGGAAAAGGACAUCUGGAGCGCCCUGGAACUGUCCCACCUGCACACCUUUGUGAGCUCUCAGCCCGAGGGCCUGGACUUCCAGUGCACCGAGGGCGGGGAGAAUCUCAGCGUGGGCCAGAGGCAGCUGGUAUGCCUGGCCCGAGCCCUGCUCCGCAAGAGCCGUAUCCUUGUUCUGGAUGAAGCCACAGCCUCCGUUGACCUGGAGACAGACGACCUCAUCCAGGCCACCAUCCGCACCCAGUUUGAGGCCUGCACCGUGCUGACCAUCGCCCACCGGCUCAACACGAUCAUGGACUACACCAGGGUCUUGGUCCUGGACAAGGGCGUAGUAGCUGAAUUUGAUUCUCCAACCAACCUCAUCGCAGCUAGAGGCAUCUUCUACAAGAUGGCCAGGGACGCAGGACUUGCCUAAAAUAUAUUCCCAGGAUUUCCUGGAAGGGAAAUAACACCAUGCGUCUGAAGAAUGGAUUCGGUGGCAAGGGAGGGUAGGGGCGUUACAUGAGACUAUGUCUCUGGAAGGAGUUUCCCAAAGUAAGCGAGGAAGGGACACCCAAGAGGAUAAGAAGUUCAUAGCCACAGCCUGGGAGCCCCAGUCUAGUGUAAUUUCUACACUGCACUGUCUUUG